GGCGCGCGCUGCUUCAUUCACUCGGCGUGUGUUAUUAUAGACUGACAAAUCGCAUCGGUGAAUCAGCACAGCGCUUAUCCACAGGAUUACUAUCAACACACACACACACACACACAGGGAAGACUAACCCGACUGAGAAACUGCGAUUUGGAUAGUUUGUGAUUGGAUAUAUAGUUACUGCCUCCGCGGAAACAUUCAACAGAGUGCAUUGUUUGUGCGACCUCAGCAUGGACCAAGUGACCCCUUUGUCAUCGGGCUAUCGGUGCCUGAAGAGGCAGGUAGCUUUGGAGCUCUUUGAAGACCCCAUGUCACUGUUCUCGGGGUAUUACCCAUUAGUGGAGGAAGAGCAGGCAGCUCAGGAAGUCCCGUCAGGUUUUGAGUGUGCGCCACAAGACCUGGGGCCAUGCUCUGUGCCACUGUUGACUCCCUGCAGCAAAGCAGUGAUGAGCCAGGCACUAAAAGACAGUUUCAAUGGUUUCAGCAAAGUCCAACGCAUCUGGGGUAUCUCUAACAACCCACGGAAAUGGAACAAGCAGCACGUCCAACAGUGGCUGCACUGGGCCUCUGGCGAGUUCAGCCUCACCAAUGUAAACUUCUUCAAGUUUGAUAUGAGCGGCCAGGAGUUGUGCGACCUGGGGAAAGACGGUUUCUUGGAUUUAGCUCCAGAUUUCGUGGGCGAUAUUCUUUGGGAGCACCUAGAACAGAUGAUGAGAGGUUUCAGCAGUGAGGACACACAAUAUACACUUCAGGCAUCAAACAGCACUAGUAGCCUCCUAAGGGAACUGUUUGAGGCCCCAGAUAGUCCCGCCCCUCUGAUCUCCGAGCCAGACUUCUCCAUGUUCCCCAAACCUCAGCUGAGCACGGUGAACGUCAGUUACAUCAGUCAGGAAUUCCCUAGUGGUGAAGCACAGCCACGCCUUAACACACACUUCUCAUCCCAGGAACAGAGCUCUCUUGACAGUGUGGAAAGUGUGGAGGGAAACGAGCGUGUCCUGCACUCAUGGGGCAGUCAGUCAUCCUUGGCCGACACCCAGCGUGUGCCAUCUUAUGACAGUUUUGAUGACGAGUACAGCGCAGUGCCGCUGAGCCUGGGCAAGCAAGGCCUGUCCUUCAAAGACUAUGUACAGGAGAGAAAUGAGCCACUGGAGCAGGGCAAGCCUGUUAUCCCUGCUGCUGUGCUUGCUGGAUUCACUGGAAGUGGCCCUAUCCAGCUGUGGCAGUUUCUUCUGGAGCUCCUAACAGACACAAACUGCCAGAGCAUCAUCAGCUGGACUGGAGAUGGCUGGGAGUUCAAGCUCACUGACCCUGAUGAGGUGGCGCGUCGCUGGGGCCGCCGCAAGAACAAGCCCAAGAUGAACUAUGAGAAGUUAAGCCGUGGCCUGCGCUAUUACUACGACAAGAACAUCAUCCACAAAACAGCUGGCAAGCGCUACGUCUACCGUUUUGUUUGUGACCUACAGAACCUCCUGGGCUACAGUGCCGAGGACUUGCACGGCAUGCUGGGAGUGCGGCCUGACACCGAGGACUGAACCAAGCAAACGCCUCUCGAAGGGGUGUGUUUGAUAGGGAGGGGAGUGCCCCCUGAUGUCCACUGUUACAGUCGGGCUCUUUAAAGGUCUGCGUCCUGAGUGACGGCAGUAACGCAGCUGCACUUGAAGCCUCUGCACUGGCUGCACUCGAAAAGGUGCCAUUUUCUGUCUUUCGUCUGGAGCACGGUCCAGCUCUGGCUCUUUCCACCUGCCACUUUUGAGUGAGACAGGACUUGUGAAAGUGAGCGAACACCUGGUGCAAAACAAAAAGGAAGCUCACGGAUCCUUUCCGCAUAAUCACUCUAUAAGCUAUACACAGAUAUGAAAUUAUCUUUUUAAAAAAAUGAUGUAUUUUUCUUCUAUCAGCAGAACUGUGUGUUGGGAGUUUGUCAGGAGUGUGUUUAGACUAAAAGAGAACUGUAGAGAGAAGCUUUUACAGAAUAUUUUUAUGUCGGCAGAGAGAACAGGGUGCAUGUGUAGCACACUGUAAUGAGACUGUUGUUAUGUAACAAAUGCUGUUGCCUUUACUGAUUUGCUAAGUGCUUUAAACUCCAGUCUCGCAUGCUUCCUCUGUAACUGGAGAGCCAUACAGCAUAUCAGCCAAGUACAAACCUGUAGGUCUUUUUUUUUUUUUUUCCUUGCAGUCUUACUCUGAUAUGUAUUUUCAAUAGACCAUGAUUGUAAAUGAAAUACAGUGUAUAAUUUAUUUGAACAUUGUGAUUGCAGCUGCUGUAUCGAGCACAUUUUCUAUCUGGGGAAUGGAACUGAUUGUUUUUGCAAAGGCCGAAGUGACAUUCCAGUGUCAGUAUUUAAUUUCAUGACGAGAGAUUAUCGUUAAUCUUGCAUUAAGGUUAAUAAUAUAUUGGUAGAUAAGAACACAACACACCUGUAAAACUUGUUUACGAAGAUUUAUAUCAAAUUUUGAAACGGCGACAGAACUUUUCCCUCUGCCUUUUUUUUUAUGAUUAAACUGUAUUAUAUAAUGUUGAUAAUGGGUCGUUUAUUUACUAUAAGUACAUUUUAUUUAUCUUUUUACAUGUCUGAAAUUAUUUAUUUAAAUCAAAGCCAUACAGGCACUCAGAGGAUUCUACAAAUCGUGAUUUGUUCAAUAUUUUUGUCGUGGUUAAUUAUCUUGUGUAUAAUUGUGUUGGAUCUAUUUAAUGGAGGGGAUCUUGUCUCGACCUUAACUGUACACAACUUUUUGUACAAAAUCUUUUGUGGGGGGAAAGAAAGCUGAAAUGAGGUCAUGUUGCUGUUUGAACUUGUUUUGUGAAACUGAUUCAUCCUUUACACAAAUAUUCUUCUCUUGUAUGUUUAUAAAAUUAUUUUUCUACAUAAAUCCUUUGUUGUUUUGCAAUAUUUUGUUGGCUGUAUACUUUUUUUUUUUGGUACAACGUAUCAAAUAUAGCAUUAUGGAAACAGAGCGUGAAUGAAAGAAACAGCAAUAUGGAGCCACCAGCUCAUGUAAAUGGUACAGAUAACCGUUUUUUAAAGAAAAGAAAGGUAGGAACUGAUUCUGGAGCAAAACUGUUUAAUAUAGGAAAAACAGGAGAGAGAGAGAGAGAGAGAGAGAGAGAGAGAGGUGUAGUUAUACUUGUGUGCCAGUGAGGGCGAGAUCAACAGCAGCAAUGAGUCAUACUUUCGAUGAAACAAUUGGAACGUUGAGAAUUAACACUGAUUACAUCUCCGAAAUGAACAGACCAGUUAACUGGAAUUCGAGUGUUCAAACAGUACUCUAAUUUUGGAAUAUAACCCACCACUGAUGUAAACAGUGAUUAAAAGAUCACCCAUCUACUUUGCUCACUGAUGUUCUGAUUCAUUUUAUAAUCCAUACUUUGACAGUCAGAUCACGUGUAUUACUCUGGUGACACUUUUAUGCUGUUGUGAAAUAAAAAAAUUUCAAUAAACUUCA